UCCACUCGUGUGUGCCAAAUCUGUGCCCCCCUGGUGGUGCCAAAUCCGGUCCUCUGGUGUUCCAAAUUUGCCAAAAUGCUUAGCUAAAACUUUAAAUUACAUUGCACUCCGAAGAACGCCGCGAAGGAUAUUGAAUGCAAGGAAUUUGCUUUCGCUCUCCUGCGAAUACCUACGCACCUGCCAUUAAGUAUCACCAAUUUCGAGUUUGUUUAGUAUCAUCAUAUUUAUUCACGUCGCCUUCGUUGAGCAGAUCCGCCGAAAUCUGCUUUGCAAUUAAUAGCUCUUAGAUAGCGAAAGCAAUGAAGAAGCAAAAUGUCCGGACUAUUUCACUGAUUGUGUGUACCUUCACUUAUUUGCUAAUUGGGGCAGCCGUGUUCGAUGCCCUCGAGUCGGAAACGGAGAAGAAGCGUUGGAAGGCCCUUAGUGCAAUUGAAAAUGUACUCAUUUCGCGGUACAACAUAUCGGCGGAGGACUUCAAGGUGAUCGAAACCGUCAUCAUGAAGUCGGAACCGCAUAAGGCGGGCCAACAGUGGAAAUUUUCCGGAGCCUUCUACUAUGCUACAACGGUGCUGACCACCAUCGGAUAUGGCCACUCGACGCCGUCGACCGUCAGUGGGAAGAUCUUCACCAUGUGCUACGCCGCCAUUGGGAUCCCUCUGGGGCUCGUUAUGUUCCAGAGCAUAGGCGAGCGGGUCAAUAGGCUGAGCAGUGUGAUCGUUCACGCGGUGAAGACGUCGUUCAACUGCAAAAAGGCUAUCGCUUCCGAAGUCGAUCUGAUCCUGGUGGUGACAACGUUGAGUUCGCUUACGAUAGCGGGUGGAGCGGCGGCGUUCAGCAAAUUCGAAAACUGGUCCUAUUUCGACUCGGUGUACUACUGCUUCAUUACACUUACGACUAUUGGCUUUGGGGACAUGGUUGCCUUGCAGAAGGAUAACGCACUCAACCAGAAACCGGAGUACGUGGCGUUUGCGUUGAUCUUUAUUCUAUUUGGCCUUGCAGUGGUCGCUGCCUCAUUGAAUCUCUUGGUGCUUCGCUUCGUCACCAUGAACACUGAGGAUGAAAAACGGGACGAGGCGCAGGCUAUUCAGGCUCUGCAAAUCGCUGUCAAACUGGACGGGGACAUCAUUACCGGCAACUCGAGCGACACAGAUCGCCGGUGCUACGAGCGGAUAUCCGUGUCGGGACCAAGUCGACCCAACUGCGGCACGUGUCCGCGGAAGUUCGACCAGCCGGAUACGAGCAUCGGGUACAUCAUGGACGCCAGCUACCGCUAUCCGUUGGUGGACUGUGAGAUGGCCGAGCUGCGAUCGCCCAAUACGCCGCGCUACAACGUGUACGAGAUGGAAACGGACGACGAGGGUGGAUUGAUACCGCCGUUGCGCUACGAUUUCCAACCCAGCCGCGGAAGAGCGUCGGUCUAGAGGCGGUGUUAGAAUAGGACAGUAGGUAUCAUCAUCGAAGGCCAGAUGCCAAGAAAAAAAAAAUCGAACGUGUGUAGAUUAUGGUACAGUAAGUUAUGUAAUUUUUUGGGUCUAAAUUUUUAAAAGAAUACAAAUGUCGAAUUUUAGAAUUAGUGGAUUGGGAGCAAUCGGGUUGAAUAAUAAAACAUGGAAAAAUCAGCAA